AUGUCUCAAUCGACAAUCACCGUGGCAACAACUCUUACUAUUACCACCGCCACUACCACCGUCAUUCUUGGUUGUACUCUGCUACUGAUUACUUUCAAUCAGAAUGCUGCCUUAGUGGCCUCAGCUAGCAAUAUCCAACGUCGUCAAGCCUAUUCAAUUAUUGUCACUGUACCAUUCAACUAUCCCAUCAGUUCAUUAGAAAAUUCCAAACCAUGGGAAGUUUCAACGUGUACUUCGUCUUCUACCUGUAAUUCACAACUAUCAAAUAGUCUGUUGAGUCGACUAUUAACUCAGAUUAGUUCUAAAAUAUAUUUACCAGCAUUACUGUUACCCUACGAUCUAUAUGAAUUCAAAUUUACUGUUUCAAUGCUUCCCAAUGAUCCUCAGAGUUCAAGCAAAACUUAUGUACGUGUAAUACCAACAUCAGUAAUAGUUCAACCGUUGAAAUGGGGUACAUCCAUGAUUGUACAUCAGCAAUCAGAAGGAUUAAAAUUGGAACCAGGCUUAUGGUCCACUGAUCCAGAUUCAGAUAGUUUUAUUCCAGAUGUUGGUCUAGUAAAUUUUUAG